GGCCUCCUUUCCUCCCGCCGUCUUCGUACGGCCGCAAAGCGCGCCACUGUGGGCUGAGGAGUUUACGACAGCGCGGGGCUGUGGGGCUGCCGGUAUGUUCGGCGCGGCGGAGGAAGAUGACGCCGAUUUUCUGGCCCCCGCCACCGGUGCCAGAUUGGCCUCUCUCUUUGGAUUGGAUCAAACAGUCUCAAGCCAGGGAAAUGAAUUCUUUCAAUACACUGCACCAAAGCAGCCCAAGAAGGGUCAGACAGCGGUUGCAGGUCAGGCAGCCCAGAAGGCACCCGCAGCCCCGGCAGCUUCAGGAGCACCAUCAGUCUUCAUGGCCACUGCAGUUCAUGCUUAUCGAUAUACAAAUGGGCAAUAUUUGAAGCAAGGCAAGUAUGGAGCAGCUGUAGUGGGGAGCCAUGCUACUAAAGAGUACAGGAUUCUCCUUUACAUCAGUCAGCAGCAACAGAUCACAUCUGCAAGGAUCCACCCAGGCUUUGUACUCACGGUCCAGUCCAACAAUUACAGCACAUUCUAUGAUGAUCAAAGACAAAACUGGUCAAUUAUGUUUGAGUCAGAAAAGGCAGCAAUGGAUUUCAGUAAACAGGUGUGUAUUGCCAAAUACAACAGCUCCCCAGUGCUUGAUUCAGUCCUCUGCCAGGAUCUCCUUCUUGGAGAAGGGCAGGGAGUUGAAGGAGGGGACUCUCUGGAGAUUGCCUACACAGGUUGGCUGUUCCAGAACAAUGGGAUUGGACAGGUGUUUGACUCGAAUGUUAACAAGGACAAGUUGUUGCGCCUAAAGCUGGGAUCUGGAAAGGUCAUCAAGGGCUGGGAAGAAGGAAUGAUGGGGAUGAAGAAAGGAGGACGACGCUAUCUCAUUAUUCCUCCAGCCUGGGCCUAUGGGACUCAGGGAGUGGCUGGCCGUGUCCCUCCAGACUCUACUUUAGUUUUUGAGGUGGAGGUUAGGCGGGUGAAGCUAGUGAAGGAAGGCUCUGGCUCAGAUGGACAGAGUGUUAGUUCAAGGGAUUCUCUUGCACCUUCGCCGGUACCUAAUUCAGAUGGCUUCUCUGCAGACUCUGUUUUAUUGCCUCCAUCUACAAUACCUCCGAAGCCUGGGGAGCCAGCUGUUCGGGCCAAGUCAAACUCAAUCAGUGAACAGUUAGCAAAUCCAGAUGUAGCAAAGGCAAAGCUAAUUUCUCGGAUGGCUAAAAUGGGUCAGCCCAUGCUGCCUUUCCUUGCUGGGUCAGCAGGUAGUCAGCUUGACUCCAGUGACUCAGAAAUAGAGGAUCCAAAUUCAUUGAGAGGGGCAGCACAACCAGUGGUUUCAUCUUCCAUGAGAUCGUCUCAGCCAGCUCAUGCAGUACUGCCUACAGUGUCACCACAAGUAGCUCAAGCAUCUGGUUCUGCACCUCCGGUAUCUUCUGCUGCUUUAAUACCUGCAACGAUCCAGCCCCAUUCAGUUCUGCCUGGAGGAGCACAGGGCUUUCAGCCAUAUCCAGGCAUGCCAUUUGCUUAUCCCCAAGCUGCUACAUCUGCUUCUCAGCUUCAGCCUGUAGGACAGAUGUAUCCUGCACCUUACCAAGCACCUGGGGACGUUACUUCCUUUUUGAUGACAGAAGUUCGGCAGCAUAACACUGAAAUCCGACUGGCUGUUAGCAAAGUAGUAGAUAAAAUGGAUCAUCUGGCUGCCAAGGUGGAGGAGCUGAAGAAACAAAACACUGGGAACAGCUCACUACUGCCUGGUAUCUCAUCUGUUACUAUGGAAGCCUCUAUGAUCAUGAGCAACAUCCAGCGGAUAAUCCAGGAGAAUGAGAGACUGAAGCAAGAGAUAUUUGAGAAGAGCAGUCGAAUUGAGGAGCAGAAUGAAAAGAUCAGUGAGCUGAUAGAGCGGAAUCAGAGAUAUGUCGAACAAAGUAACUUGUUAAUGGAGCAGAGGAACCACUCACUACAAACAACAAACGAAAACACACAGGCAAGAGUGUUGCAUGCAGAACAGGAGAAGCACAUGCUGCCAGUGGAUCGGGGCUGGGACCAGGCCAAAGUUGCAGAGGAGUUGGCAUCUGCCACAGCACAGGUGUCCCAACUGCAGCUGGAGCUGACUGCACACCAGAAGAAGGAAAUGGAUCUGCGGAAACAGCUCUCUGCUGCCCUGCAGGAGGCAGAGCGACAUGAGACACAGCUCAACAAAAUGCAAGCGCAGUUAGCAGAGCUCCAGGAAGCCUCUGAGGACACCCAAACUAGAUUCAAAGCUGAGAAGCAGAGCCGUAAACACUUGGAUAUGAAGAUUUCAGCAUUGGAAGAAGAAUUAACAGACCUAAAAGUAGAAAAGGAGACUCUUGAAAAGAAUCUUGCUGAGAGGAAGAAGAAAUCCCUCUCAGAGAGAGCUCAAGCAGAGGAAGAGAUGGAAGAAAUACGCAGAUCGUAUCAGCAGGAGUUGGACAAACUUCGACAGUUGCUGAAAAAGGCAAGGACUUCAACUGACCAGGCAGCAGCAGAGCAGCUAUCACUCAUCCAGGCAGAGCUGGAAUCCCAGUGGGAAGCCAAAUGUGAACGGACGCUGGCCUCUGCCAAGGAGCAGCAUGUUAGGCAGUACCAGGAAGUGUGUGAGCAGAGAGACUCCCUGCAGCAGCAGGUGUCCCAGCUGGAAGAGAAGCUUGUAGCUCUGAAACAACUGAAAAAAGCAGAGGAACAAAAAUUGUCCGAGCUUCAGCAACAUCUGGAACAACUGGAACCUAUCAAAGAGAAGUAUUCAGCCUUGCAGUCUGAAACAGUGAUACUGAAGGCUCGCUAUGAAGAAUGUAUCCAAAAGCUGGAAAAGAAUCAGGACAGAUCUUCACCUGUGAACUUCACAGAAGAAGUAAAGAAGAUAAUGAAUGGGGUGUUUCAGUCUCUUCGGGGUGAAUUUGAGCUGGAGGAGACAUACAGUGGCAGGAUGGUUCUAGGUGUUGUCAUGAACACUAUCAAGACUGUGACACUGCAGCUACUCAGCAAGCAGCAGGAGAGACCAGAGCAUGACAGUAAAAAGGAGGAAGACUGUGGAGUGGGGAGACCAGAGGGAUUGCCUGGAGCAAAGACAGACCAGGAAGAGCUCAUGCAGCACAGCCCUGCCCAGGGUGCUGUGUGCUCUGCUGAUCCCAGCGAAGUGAGCACAGACUCCAUGUUGUCUGGCCACAAAGGUGAAUCUGCACCUCCUGCUGCCGAGGCCAGAAUGCCUGAGGAGGAGCAGGCACCACAGAGCAGUGGAGUGCUGGAAGAGGAGGAGGUCCAGCAGGAAUCUCUCUCUUCUGGAGCUGAGUGCUGCUUGAAUGGUGAUAAGGGGCCUGAGCUUGCAGAACAGGCCGUUACCAGGGUGGAUGAGGAUUUUGUUCUGACUGAGCAAAAGCAGGAGAGCAGCCCCAUAAGGAAAACAGAGUCUGAACACAGUCCUUUCGGAGUGUCUUUGCAGGCAGAAGUUGCAGAUCCUUCUUUUCUAGAAACCAAGCCAGAAGAAGUGGAUGUGGCUGUGCUUGCAGACAAACCAGUGGCAGAGCAGGAGGCAGAGGAGCCUGUGGGAGGCUUGGAGCCUCCUCCCUUAAGUAGUGAGGGAGAAAACUGCACAGACCCAUCAGAUGGAGCUGGUUCUGACCAGGAGCCUGCUUCAGUAUCCAACACAGAAGAGAAGAGCUCACCUACCACCAGAGAAGUCCCACAACAGCAGGAACUGGGCUCCAGCCCCAGCCAAAAAGGUUCCAGCCUCUUUGAGGAUGAUGACUUCUUCAAAACAGCAUCUCUUAAAUCACCAAAGCCUCGAGUUCCCUCUGAAGAGGAGGAUGAGGAGGAAGUGAGCAUGAAGGGUCGCCCCCCUCCAGCUCCACUCUUUGGUGACGAUGAUGAUGAUGAUCUGGACUGGCUGGGAUGAAGAACUGCCUGCUGAGCCUGUGAGCCCCCUCCUGUGGGCACGGCCACUCCCUGCGCACUUAGCACUUAAUGAGCUGCAUCUGUGGGACAGCUGUGAACAACCAAGGACUCCUCAGGCUCUUCUACUGCAGACUGACAGUGCCUGAGAGCAGAAGUCUCUCUUUGCACUCUUGGGCGCUCAGACCCAUCGUUCUGACCUGGCAGACAUGCACAGAGGUUGGGAUGAGCUGAAGGAACCAACCGGUCUCACUGCAUGUUCGUAUUGCUGUCCUACUUCUGUUGACCCAUUGAUUGAUUAAUCUGAAACUUUAUGCAAAUUUGAACUACAUAAAGUGCUUCAGAGGAACAAAUCUGGCAGGACUCUGCAAUAGGUAACUACUUUUAUAGAAGUCAGGCUAAAAGGCUUUCCCCAGUGAAGAUCUCUUGGAAAUAAUUCUGUCUGCUGCAGCCAGCCCAGCCUCUCUCCUGUGCCUUUUUCUCUGCUGCUGUGAUGAACACAGUACGAGUUAAUGGGGCGGUGGCUGGGUGUGCUGUGAUACAGCCUCAGCUGAGCUCUGCUGGGAGCCAGGCUGUGUGGUUCAGCUGCUGUCUGAGUGGAGUGAGGGAGGAGGGCAAUGAGGAGAGGCAGCUGUGCAGAUUGGUUGGAUUUCUCGUGGCACUUCUAUUUCUCACUGCACUUAAAGCAAGUUAGAAGUAGGAACAAUACAUAGUGUCAUUAAAAGAAGUAACACGCAUAUCCCUGUUCCAUUAAUAAGAUGGAAGUUACUAAGGAUAAUUCCAACAGUUAGCUUCCACUGAAUUGAGCCUGUGCCAUCUUUUCUGGGGGGGAAAAAGAAGUGUCUGUGUGCAGCCAUCUGUCAGCUCCCUGCCUGGCCAAUGCUCUGUGUGGCAAAGGGCCAAACACAGCUGAGACUGUGAGGAGACCGAAGUCUGUGGUGCUGUCACAGGGUGAGUGUGGCUGGGGUUUCCUAACAGCUGCUCUGGAAAUCAAAGAACUGAAUAAUAUCUCAGUGCUGAAGGUUGAUGGUGUGUGGAAACCCUGCCCUUGUGUGGGUCUGAGUGCACAAACACUGCUGUGGCUCCGGCCUCCCUCCUGCAGCAGUGCCCUGUGCGGGUUGCAACUAACACAUUCCACUCCUUGUUUCCUGUUACAGGUAGCCUGAAGGACUUGCAUUUCAUUUCUUGAUAAAUAAAGUGCAAUUAAACCUGUA